GUUAAGCGAGUCGGUCCGUAUGAAUCUCUAGCAACCUGAAUGAAGGCAGACAAGACACCACUAUAUAAAGGAAGAAACCCACAAUUGACUUGGCCGUGCAAAGACACGGCUACAACACCAAGUAACCGACAGGGAGAUAUCGGCUACACAACCAAUAUCAAUCCAUCGUCCUAUGAAAUCAAAUACAUUAACGGAGUGCUUGCUUGGUAUUGCUUAGCAUUUUCUCAGCAUACGUCUGGGCACAUGUAAUAGCGCGGUAGUCCGCUAUCCGACCUCCUGCCAUCACCAAAUAUGUUUGCGGGGUCGUCCGGGGAAACAAGCUGGGAAACAGCGGCAUUGGGCGAGAUUUGGGCAUUUUGGGAUCUCGAACAUCUAUCCGAGGGCUUGGUACCAAUUGUGGCUAUGAUAGAGUGACAUAUAUGUAUUCCUUGUCUUCGCUGGAGAUAGAGGCCUAGAGCAUCUCUCAUUGCAACUCUGAUAAAAGCACCAAGAUGGCAGAUAAAGAUCUCCCCACUCACGAAGAGAAGAUUGGAAACAAUUCUCCUGCCACCUCGAUCAAUGAGGAAGUCAGCAACAGGGAUUGGACACCAGAAGAGGAGAGAAAGCUAGUAUGGAAGAUUGACUUUAGAGUGUUUCCCAUGCUCUGCUUUGUCUUCGGACUUUCUCUCCUCGAUCGCACCAACAUCUCUGCGGCAUAUAUUGCUGGCCUAGCGGAGGACCUUCGCUUGGACAUAGGAUCCCGUUACUCCAUCGCCCUUCUGGUGUUUUUCAUCGGCUAUGCAAUCUUCGAACUGCCCUCCAACUAUGUCAUCCGACGUAUUGGCGCACGAUGGUGGUUGAGCUUCCUCAUCAUUGCGUGGGGAUGCUGUGUACUUGGAAUGGGCUUUGUGAAUGACUGGAAGGCCCUGACCGUUCUACGAGCCUUUCUUGGUGUCUUUGAGGCCGGUCUGUUCCCCGGUUCAGUCUUCAUCAUCGGAUCGUGGUAUCGUCAGUUCGAAACCGCUCGGAGAGUGUCCAUCUUCUACAUGGCUUCUCUACUCGCAUCCGGCUUCGGUCCAAUCUUUGCGUACGCCUUGUCGCUCAUCCGAGUAGGAGACGGCAUGUAUCGUUCAGGCUGGAGAUGGAUCUUCAUUAUCGAGGGCAUCGUCACCAUCGUUGCAGGAUUGGUGUCACCGUUCUUCCUAAUCGAGUUUCCAGAGCGCGUCACAUUCUUGACUCCUCGACAGAAGCACAUCGCCAUCACCCGGGUCAGGCAAGAGCGAGAGAAUACCGAAGUGGUGCACCCCACCGCGAAGGAGUCCCUGAAGAUGCUUUUCGACUGGAAGAUUGGAGUAUACUCCAUUCAGUACUUUAUCUCAGCGUCGAGCGUGUACUCGCUCGCUUUCUUCAAACCCAUCAUUCUACGUCAGGGCAUGGGCUUCGACUAUGCAAAGGCACAGCUGCUCUCCUCGCCGCCAUACGUCUUCGCCAUCAUCUGCAGUCUCGGGAUGGCGUAUCUAUCCGACAAGCUGAGGAUCCGCUGGCCGGUAAUGUGCUUUCAAGCGCUCAUGGCCAUCGUAGGUCUCUUGAUCAUUCUAUACGCGGGACCACCGGGCGUCCGCUACUUUGGUUUAUACCUCGCAAUUUGGGGCACUCAAGCGAAUAUCCCAGGUACCCUUGCGUACGGCCAGAACCAGACCGCCAAACCGGAGAAGAAGGGCGUGGUUGCAGCAGCAAUGAUCAGUGUUGGUGCUGCUGGCGGUAUCUGCGGAUCUACCAUUUUCAGAAGCCAGGAUGCGCCCAUGUAUCUGCCCGGAAUGUGGGCGACGAUCAGCAUGCAGAUACUGCAUAUUAUCUUGACCUUCUGUAUGUCACUGUACUUCAAGCGACAGAACAAGCUUGCAGACGAAGGACACCGACCUGCUUUGGAAGGGGUGGAGGGAUUUAGAUAUGCGCCUUAA